CAAAGAAGUUCUAUGAGCUGUAUAGGGUUUAUUUCUCACCCAGGGAUCAAAUGGAGAACUUAAUGGUUUAGGAACCGAUGCUCUCUUCACUUACGUCAAGUUACUUUGCAUUUAAAAUCCAAACACUCUGGAAUUCAAUUUUGAACCGACGCUCCGGCGUUCCCGGAGAAGCAGGAUGUAGGAAUUUAGGGACCCAGGCCGCUAGGAAACCUUCAAUACAAUGACUACAUUUCCCAAGAGGCCAUUCGGGCUAGCGUCUCCUUUGUUGUUUGUUUUCUAUGCCACGGGGGUGUUGGGAAAUGUAGUCCUGAGAGCUCUCGCGCACGCGACGGGCGGGGGGGGGGCGGGCAGGAGAAAGGGUUGUGCAAAACUUAAGACUUGGAGUGGGACUUGGGUUUCUGGAAGCUCUGGUCACUUCCCUUCUCCGUUCGGAUCCACCGCGUGUCACGGGAAAUCUAUUUCCCGUGCUUCCGUGGGGAGACUGAAGUUAGCCAGGGUUUAACCUGGGGGCUUCCGGGGAAGCCCCGCGGGGGUGGGUUAUCUUGGAGCAUCCCUCGUGGCCCCCCGGGCUGGGUCGGGGGCGGGAUGAUGUAGAAAGGAGGGGUCAGCCCGAGAGCUUUUGCCCUCCGCGCCCCACCCAGGAAGCGUCUGUGAAUGACUUCAAAGUUUCCCUUUUUUCGCUUUCUCAUCAGUGUAAUCCCCAGCGAAGUAAGCACCGGAGAAGUUUGAGUGAAUCGCGUAACUUGCGGACUUUCCCUCCCGGUCCUCACCCCUUGUGAUUUCCCGUCACAUCCUUUACUCCGGCCGGCCAUGGGCAGCCGAGACUACCUGUUCAAGGUGCUGGUGGUGGGGGACGCCGCCGUGGGCAAGACGUCUCUGGUGCAGAGGUAUUCCCAGGACAGCUUCAGCAAACACUACAAGUCCACCGUGGGAGUGGACUUUGCUCUGAAGGUUGUCCAGUGGUCUGAUUCAGAAAUGGUGCGACUCCAGCUAUGGGAUAUUGCAGGCCAGGAGCGGUUCACCUCCAUGACUCGUCUGUAUUAUCGGGAUGCCUCAGCCUGUGUCAUCAUGUUUGAUGUCACCAAUGCCACCACCUUUAGCAACAGCCAGAGGUGGAAGCAAGACUUGGAUUGUAAGCUCACCCUGCCCAGUGGGGAGCCCGUGCCCUGCCUGUUAUUAGCCAACAAGAGUGACCUAUCCCCGUGGGCAGUCACUAGGGACCAGAUUGACCGGUUCAGCAAAGAGAACGGUUUCACUGGCUGGACUGAAACGUCAGUCAAAGAGAACAAAAACGUUAAUGAAGCUAUGAGAGUUCUUAUUGAACAGAUGAUGGCCAAUACCAGGGAAGGCAGCACAUCUCUGUCCACGCAAGGUGACUACAUCAACCUGCAAACGGUCUCCACGCCUGGCUGGACCUGCUGUUAAUGGUGUGCAGCUUUUUCCUUAUCAUGGACCAGGAAGGUCAGACCGCGUCUUGGUUUUCCUUCCCGACCCACCCAGCUGCCUAAUUAAGAACUUGUGAUGGAUCUUCUACCAAAAAACCCCAGCCUUGUUCCGUUAGAGCACUUUCUUCUGGCCAUUGGGGGGUCUCUCAUUCCUCAGACAACACCUGUAAGUCCCUGUGUAUAUUUUUGCUGUUGGAUAUCUGCUCUGAGUCACUCCCGUGGCACGGGCUGUGUGGCCCAUAGGGCCCUCUGCUCCUUCUUCUAAGACUUGGCUGGAAUAUUAUUGGAGUAAGUAUAGAUGGAAGACAGUGCACUUUUUCAUUCUAACCCCAACUGUUCUCCAAACUAUCAUUCCAUGAUGGCAAUCCUGACUUCAGAUCAAGAGAACAAAGAUCAAGAUACUCUCCUGCCGAACUCCUUUGUGCAUAAUUACUUUUGUUGUUCUCUCUGUGUCCUGGACUUUGGAUUUGAGUGUCUAACUCUUUUCUGACUAUCUGCAGACUUGGAAUAACUGUAGGAACCUUAUGUUGCAUUUGUGCUUUUGAAAAGACUCUGAAAUCAUGAUGAGCUUUCUCUCUCCCUCUCCGUAAUAGUGGUGGAGCUUUCAGUCCAGCUGUGAGGAGAGUAUCUCUCUUUCUAAGUAUGGACAGGGAGGAAAUGACUAGGAAAUCUUUCUGAAGUCUUUUUACUCAUGAUACAAGAAUACAGUUGUAUAAACUGACUAGUUAAUUGGGGACCUGAGGCUCAUUCAACUCAACAAAAGACACUAGCUGACUAGGAUGUGUGCCUCUUAGAUAGAAAGGGGACUUGGAAGUCCCCUGAAUCUGAGAGAAGAGUGAACAGAGGGAAGGUGAGAAGUGAGCAAGACUGGAUUCUGAGGGGCUGCUUAGCUCUUGGUCUAAGGUUUAUAGCUAGAGAAAGGUUGUGUGGUCCUGGGAAUAAGGAGGUUUAUUACAUAUGUAACAUUAAGCACAAAAAUCCCAUGAUUUUUUCAGGUCACAGUUCACCUCUGGAUGUUUGGAUUUUUCUGUAGAAUUGAAGUUUAUGGGAGUGCUCUUUGGUGUCAGCUAUCACUCAGGGCUAAAGCUGAGAAAUAGGUCACAGAGGUGAAAGUUCUGAACACAAAGACCAGAUACCAAGACAGAAAGGAAGCCAAAACUUUUCCAAGAGAAAUUUAAUCCAACUUUUAUAAAAUACCUAGAGGCUUUUAAAGAUUCUUUUGGUAUUCAAUAAAUUUUGUUGAAAGUUGUGAGGAUUCCUUUUGUAAUAUUAUUCAAACAAAGUUUUUGACUGUGGUAUUUUCAAGUAAACAUCAUGUAAAAGUUGCUUUUUGUGAAGGAGAAAUUGAUUUUAAUCCACUCCAUUGUCCUGAAAAAUUAUCAAAUUGGAAAUAAAAGUCUUGUAUGCUCA